AAUUAAAAAAAACCACCAGCCCUCCAAACCGCAGACCAAACAAAAAUAGAAUUGAGGGUGCUGAGGUUCGGGUAGAUAUGACAGUGCAGAAGAACGAAUGUCUCAGUGAACCCAAUGUGUUUCUUCAGGGUUUAGUGAGGGAGCGCUUAGUUUCGAUCUGUACAAGCCGCUCCGUGUGAAUGAGGGUGCGUUGUCUGAAGAAGCGAGAGCUUCACUGAGGAGGAGGAAACUUCAGAGUGGAUUCCCCCUGGGGUGAGGAAGUGGAGCUUUAUUAUUUAGGUUGUGUUGUGUGAUUAGAAUACAGUGGUGGUAUACUUUUCCUAAUUAUUGCUGAUUUGCAAAUGUCCAUUAAUCCAAAACGUGGACAAACUUGUAUAUGCUUUCUUUGUUUGCUGCCUUUUACAGAAUCCUUAGAACGGGCCACAAAUGGAAACGUAUGGGAGUAGCUGCAGUGUUGAAUAAAAUGUUAAUAGUGGCACUGCACUGCAAUUCAUUUUUCCCUGGGAAUGUGGCUCUCCCUAUAGUCAGGUGUCAUUACUCAAUAGUCUCCUCCUAUGCUUUUUGCUGUCACCACUCGGGUGGCGCGGUGCCACAGCUGGGUCUUCAUUUGUUUUGACUAAUAUGAGAACUGAAGUUGGCUACAGGAAGCAGGUGGAAGAAAAAAGCUGUAGUGGGGGAAAAACAUCACAGAAGCAUUCAACUGAAAGCCUACGCUUCUCAUGUCUCAAUUAUUCCAUUAUUGCAAACCUGUAUUUUACUGCUCCUCUCAGCGAUGCUAAAAACCACAGCCAUAUCUCUUAAAACCGCGCGGUAUGCCAUUGGAUCUCUUGCAUGGUAAAGAUGCUCCUGCAGCUGCUUUUGCUAUCUAAAAUGAUAAAUUAACUGUGAAUUUCCUACUUUGAAACUGAGCCAUGGGAGUGUUUGUAUUUUUUAGAUUAAUCUGCUGUGUGUCUGGGCAAAGAUUUCUUUUCAAAGAGAAGCUUCUGAAUUACGAGUUCACCUGAGCGAUUCUGUGAUUCUGUCUGAAGAGUUCCAUUUUGUACAUUAAAAAUAUCUUAGGCAUGACGACGUCUUAAACUUUGUCUUUUCAGAGUUUAGACAAAAACAGUUAUUGCAAGUCUGUGGAGGUAUGAAUAUAUCUGCAGAGGUACAGCACAAAAUAUGUCCAUCCUGGCAUACUUCUUCAAUAAGCAUUGACAAAUCACUUCUGUGUUUUGCUAAAUUGGAUACAAUACGAAUGUCACUGGGCAAAAGGUGUAGAAGUGCUUAAGGUGAUGGGUUUGGGGCUAUGUAGCCCUCGCUGAGUUCUGUUUCUGGCACUAGCUUCAAUGGUGCUGUGGACUGAGUGCAAGUUCUCACUCGUCUGAUGGUCACAACAAGUAGUUUGGUAGAAACUUCAGCCCGGCCUUUGAAAUAAGUAUGCAACACUAACGAGUUUUCCUUAAUAAAGACGUGCUUUACCAGCCUACCAGUGACUUGAGGGGGGGAAAAAAAAGGGAAAGGAAAGCUGAUGACAGUGGAGGCUGAGUUGUAUCAUUUUGUACAUAACUAUGUGGUCUCAAGUGUUGCAGUAUGAGUGUCAGCUAACAAAGGAAGUAAGCUGCACUUCUUAACAUAAAUGCAGCGCUUCAGAGCAUGGAGGUAAAGGGAGGUAAGGUGGAAUGAAGGACACACAAUUUCUUUUCUUCCUUAUGAAAGGUCAGAAGCAGCAUGAAGGAAGGAGUGCGUGCUAUUUGGGUGUUUUCUUCUUUUCUAAGAUAAUGUAUGUAUUCACUGCGUCAUUCUUCUCCAUUGCCAGAGGCUUGAGGUUGUAUUGAAUGGAGGCACUGUUCUUUAUGAAUGCAGAAAAUACCACUAGAGUUUUUUAACUGUUAUUUUAAAUCCUUAGAAAUACCUGGAAUUAGUUCAGCACUUACUAAGGUAAUGAGAACAGAACGAGUCGUUAUGGUCAACUGUGAUAAAUAGCACUAAGAUCAAUCUCCAUGUUUCCCCCUUUCAUCUAGUAGAGAUCUGCUGGAAGGUGAAGUUACUUUCUAGGCUCCAUUCACAUUAACUUUCAGCUGGAUUACUGACUUGUAGGUAAGUCGUAAGCACUCACUCCACUAUUUGGGUGGUGCUCACGGUUUUCAGUGGAUAACUUAAUUCAACAUUACUGUUCUCAAUUAAAAGAAUUCUCUGUUUCCCUCAGGAAGAAUUUCAGUGGUACUUUGUACAGCUUUGCAUGCAGGUAUCCGUCAAGCCACACGGCUUAUUAAUGGUAGGGAUAGCUGCUGGAUGCUCCGUGUGUGUCUUGAAUGCUCUGUGCUGCUCCUCUGCUGCUCACCCCAACUUUGCUUGCACCUCCUCCACCGUUGCCACCACCCAUACAGGGAUAUGCCUUCAAACCUCCUCCUCGCCCAGAUUUUGGGACUUCGGGGAGAACAAUCAAACUGCAGGCCAACUUCUUUGAAAUGGACAUUCCUAAAAUAGAUAUCUACCAUUAUGAGUUGGAUAUAAAGCCAGAAAAAUGUCCUAGAAGAGUUAACAGAGAAAUAGUGGAGCAUAUGGUUCAGCACUUUAAAACACAGAUUUUUGGGGAUCGCAAGCCAGUGUUUGAUGGAAGAAAAAACCUUUAUACAGCAAUGCCACUUCCCAUUGGAAGAGAUAAACAGGUGGAGCUGGAGGUCACGUUGCCAGGAGAAGGCAAGGACAGAAUAUUUAAGGUGGCUAUAAAGUGGAUGUCCUGCGUGAGUUUGCAGGCGUUACAUGAUGCUCUUUCUGGCCGGCUGCCGAGCGUCCCGUUUGAAACCAUCCAGGCACUGGAUGUAGUGAUGAGGCACUUGCCUUCCAUGAGAUAUACUCCUGUGGGGCGAUCUUUUUUUACAGCAUCAGAAGGGUGCUCAAAUCCAUUAGGCGGUGGCAGAGAGGUUUGGUUUGGAUUCCAUCAAUCAGUCAGACCUUCCUUAUGGAAAAUGAUGUUAAAUAUUGAUGUAUCAGCAACUGCAUUUUACAAAGCACAGCCAGUUAUUGAGUUUGUAUGUGAAGUUUUGGAUUUCAAAAGUAUUGAAGAACAACAAAAACCUCUGACAGAUUCCCAAAGGGUAAAGUUUACCAAAGAAAUAAAAGGUCUAAAGGUGGAAAUAACACACUGUGGACAAAUGAAAAGAAAGUACAGAGUGUGCAACGUCACCAGACGACCAGCAAGUCACCAAACAUUCCCACUUCAGCAGGAGAAUGGACAAACAGUUGAAUGCACUGUAGCUCAGUAUUUUAAGGACAGGCACAAAUUAGUUCUACGCUAUCCUCACCUUCCAUGUUUACAAGUUGGACAGGAGCAGAAACACACGUACCUUCCUCUUGAGGUGUGCAACAUAGUGGCAGGACAAAGAUGCAUAAAAAAACUCACUGACAAUCAAACUUCCACUAUGAUUCGAGCAACUGCCAGGUCAGCGCCUGACCGUCAGGAAGAGAUCAGCAAAUUGAUGCGGAGUGCGAGUUUUAACACUGACCCUUAUGUUCGUGAAUUUGGGAUGAUGGUCAAGGAUGAAAUGACAGAUGUGACUGGUAGAGUCCUGCAGCCUCCCUCAAUCCUCUAUGGAGGCAGGAAUAAAGCAAUCGCUACACCAGUUCAAGGAGUUUGGGACAUGAGGAAUAAACAGUUUCACACUGGAAUUGAAAUAAAGGUUUGGGCCAUUGCAUGCUUUGCUCCCCAGCGCCAAUGCACUGAAGUGCAUCUUAAGACUUUCACGGAGCAAUUGAGGAAGAUUUCCAGAGAUGCAGGAAUGCCAAUCCAAGGGCAGCCGUGCUUCUGUAAAUAUGCCCAGGGAGCUGACAGCGUGGAGCCCAUGUUCAGGCAUCUCAAGAACACUUACACCGGACUGCAGCUCGUGGUAGUAAUUUUACCAGGAAAAACACCAGUCUAUGCGGAGGUGAAGCGCGUUGGUGACACGGUGCUGGGGAUGGCUACACAGUGUGUUCAGAUGAAAAAUGUGCAGAGAACAACACCUCAGACUCUGUCUAACCUCUGUUUGAAAAUAAACGUCAAGUUAGGAGGUGUAAAUAAUAUUUUACUGCCACAGGGAAGACCACCAGUAUUCCAACAGCCUGUCAUAUUCCUUGGUGCGGACGUAACUCAUCCUCCAGCUGGAGAUGGAAAAAAACCCUCCAUUGCUGCCGUUGUAGGAAGCAUGGAUGCUCAUCCCAAUCGCUACUGUGCCACCGUUCGGGUCCAGCAGCACCGCCAAGAAAUCAUCCAAGAUUUGGCUGCCAUGGUCAGGGAGCUGCUGAUUCAGUUCUACAAAUCAACCAGAUUUAAACCAACUCGUAUCAUUUUCUACAGAGAUGGAGUUUCCGAGGGGCAGUUUCAACAGGUUCUCCAUCAUGAAUUGCUGGCUAUCAGAGAAGCAUGUAUUAAACUAGAGAAGGAUUACCAGCCUGGAAUUACAUUUAUAGUUGUGCAGAAAAGGCAUCACACCAGACUCUUCUGUACAGAUAAAAACGAACGGGUUGGAAAAAGUGGGAACAUUCCAGCUGGUACCACAGUGGACACAAAAAUCACCCAUCCGUCAGAGUUUGACUUCUACCUGUGUAGUCACGCUGGUAUUCAGGGAACAAGCAGACCUUCGCAUUACCACGUCCUCUGGGAUGACAAUCGUUUCUCUUCAGAUGAGCUGCAGAUUCUUACCUACCAGCUGUGUCAUACGUACGUACGCUGUACUCGAUCUGUUUCCAUCCCUGCACCAGCAUAUUACGCGCACCUGGUUGCCUUCAGAGCCAGGUAUCAUCUGGUGGAUAAAGAACACGACAGUGCUGAAGGCAGCCACACUUCGGGUCAGAGUAAUGGCAGAGAUCACCAAGCACUUGCUAAAGCAGUUCAAGUUCACCAGGACACGUUGCGCACUAUGUACUUUGCUUGACAUGUUUUAAUGUUUAGCGACUCAGUUCAGUACCGAGUUGGAUUCACAUGAGACCAGCUGCACUUAGACCAACAGUUGCCCAAGCUCCAGUGACAGCCAGCAAUGAGUGAUGCAUCUUCAUUUUUUUUUUUCCCUUUUUGCAAGAAAGCCUUCCGUCCGGGAUUUCAGACUUGGUUACGAACUGCAUUCUUAUACAAAGCCCCACGAUUGUUGGAAGUGUAGUUUGCCAAAAUCUCUAAGCUGCCUGUUAUAAAACAGACCCAUAUUUUAUAAUUAAAUCAAGAGCUGUGAUCUCAGGGCUUAGGGGAAAAACAAAACACAAAACUCUUCAUUGUUUGCUAUUCAUUUAAUUGCUUUUAAUAAUUUGGAGAGAUCUAAUUCAUACUAAAGUUAAUGGGCUAAAAUGCUAUUACUACAAAGGAACUACAAAGGAAAGCAAAGCAUUUUUUGACUAUUUAUGAAGCCUUGAUUUUGUUCUAGAUGCAUUUCCAAAAUUUUUAUUGUCAGAAGAGUGACAAAAUUCUGUUUUUCAACUGUCUUACAAAGAUUUUUCUCUGCGUGUCUAAGGGCAAAUGUAUUUUCUGAAGCUUGUUCUUGAAUGUUUUUUAUUGUGCUGCAUUUAAAAAUGUUUUUCAUAGACUAAAGAAGAAUUUUAAAACAGAAUGAAUGAACUUGUACCUAAACUUUUAAUAGGUCCAGUUGGGUUGGCAGAAGAAAAGGUGCCAUUUUUAAGAAAAGAAAAAAAACUUAAAGAUUGUUUUUAAAUCAUACUGACAGCUAACUUCAGAAUUUGUCAUACAGGACUGUGACACUUACUCUCCAAAGUCUCUAAGGAAUACGGGUCUGUGGUGAUGAAUACAGUACAAUCCUCUUUCACUGUUAUGUUUGAAUUAAUGUAAAUGUUAUAUGUGUUUCGCAGUAUUAAUGUGAUAGGCUAGAUGCUAUUAUUUAUUUUUAUUUACUAAGGAGUGCUCAUUAUACUUCUGUUAACAUAUCAAGAAAGCUUUGGAUUUAGAAAUUAAAACCUUACCGUGAGGAUGUUACUAUUCCAAUGCAAAAAUAUGCAAUUGACUUUGAUGCGAGAGUUCAGAGCUGCAUGCAGUGGGUGUUUGUAGCCUGUCCUUUGGAGAAAGGCUUCUUGAGGCGUACACGCAGCGUAGCAGGUUUUACCUGCGCAGCCAAAGGCGCACACGAGACCAACGUUCUGCAUUCAUUCAAGCACAAGCAAUUGUAUUUUAUUUGUGUUGAUGAUUGGUGAAGCAGGAGCUCUCAGAGAGGGAGGUGGUUCGAUGUUGGUCGCGUAGACAGAAGUCAGAGAAUCUAUACAGUGAAGGUAAAUCUUAGGAAACUGAAGUUUACUUACGAAGGGAGGUGAAGCCUUCUUCAUUAUGCAUAAGAGUAAACGUGAGAGUUUUGCCAUUCUCUUAAGAGAAGCAUUAAUGAACUGAUAAUUACUAGACAAACACUUCUGUUCUUUUGCACACUGGGUUAAUAAAAAAACAUAAUAACGUAUGAAAACCAUUGCACUAAUGAUGAUGCCACAAGCAGGUGUAGAAGAAGAAAGGAAAAAAGCCCAGGAAAUGUGUUUAUGCUGACUUGUUUUUGUUUGUUUUCAUAGGAUAACUUUAAAAUCCGCCCUCUCAACAUGUAUUUAAAGAUGUCAUUCUCUUCCAUUUUGCUUUGUCUUUUCCCUUUUCUCUUAGCAGAUGCUCAGUCACUGUUGUGAGUCCAUAUACCUCUAGCUGAGACGGGCAGGGAGCUUUAACCAAGACAGAGGUCUGUGCCGUGCAGCAGGGAGCCUGGAGCUGGCUGCUUGUUCAGUAAGCUAGGAAGUGCAGUAAGAGUCCUAGGUACAUCACUUAGUGCCAAUUCCAUAUGUCACCUCGUGGCAGUGUGUUGGUGUUGUUUAGGUGAAAUAACGAUGUCAAUCCUAUUAGCAGAUGAAUUGUGUUUGUAUUACUCUGAUUUGUUGGUUAGCCUGCCAGGUCAGACCUUCGUCUCAUGAUGUGAAUCUAGCUUUUGAGUGAUGCUGGUAUAACAGAAAGCAAGCUCCACGUUGCGUUGUCUGUCUUCCGUUUCCCAGCAGCCAGGUUGUGCAUACCUCCCUUAAACGUACUGCUGACCUGCAAAAGCUUUUCCACAGUUGACACGUUGCACUUCUCUGUGUUUGCUUAAUGCGUUUCAGAUUUUGGAUUUUGAUUGGGCAGAGUUUUAUAUAUGAAUUUAUUUUUAUAUGAAUUACUCUUAACGAAUACAAGAAAGAUCAAUCAUUUUAAAACUCCGUUUAUUUUAUUUGCUGCUUGUUACGCGGAGACCUCUUGGAUGUGAAUUUAAUCCUCCUUUUCCCUCUCUGUGCAGUUCUGGCAUAACUGGCUUUGUACAGAUGGACAGGUAGGGUGAGGAGGACAGACAAUCUGUCUUGACCCCAAAUCUCAUUUUGGAAGCAGGUUGCGGGGCUCCCUGCAGCCUCUGUUGGAUGCAUUCUUUGGGCUGGCAUAGUAGUUGUGGACUCUUCAUCUGAGAGUAGCCGUCGUCUGUGGGUCCUCUUGGAAUGAAUGGAGAUCUCUGUGUAGUUUUCCUUCCCUGAGUAUGAAGAAUUUGGGAUGGUUACGUGCAUUUCAGGCUAGGGACGUUGCUGCCUUUUGCAGUUUUUUGGUCCUCUAUUACUGCCAAUUCUACAGCUUGAUUUCUCCCUCCUUUCCCUUGCUGCCCCCUUCCCCCUGACUGGUGAAUAAAUGAAUAAUUUAAAGCCUUUUUCUAAAAAAUUGGUGAUGAAGUACAUACUUUGACAAGUACGACGCGCUGUAAGCCCAGAAGUUACCUUUCUGGCAAUGUUUUUCGAAUUCCAAGUAUCUCCUAUCCAAAAAGAAGAAGGAAAAGAGGUUGGGGAGGACCACCAAACACCUCAAUCCUUACCUUGGUAUUAAUUGCUUAGCUCCCACGUGUUUUGUAAGAACAGCAGUAUCUCAGGUAAACGCAAAGCUCGAGGUGUCUCUAUCUCACACGCGUUCCUGCUAUGGAAGUCAUAGCUGGGGUUGGCAGUUAUAACCACUAAGUCACUAUGCAGCUCAGGCCAGCAAUCACCAAAUGUGUUUUACCCUCUGGCAGUUGUGUUUCGAGCCCAUGCAAAGGAGUUGUGUGACUGCAGUUGCAACAGAGCACUGGGCAGGAUCUCUUCCGUUGCAUUCCCCGUGCUCUCUGUUAUUUUCCUGGCAGUGACCUUCUGCUUGAAUUCAGCUGUUGGUGCAAGCUGUCGUGGUGCUUAGCAGUCGGAAAGUUGAUACUGAUUACACCCUGGUGACAAAAAGAUCUCAUUCCCAUUGCAGGCAGGAGCGCCAUUAUGGACGGACUGAUGCCAGUACUGCAGUAUUUCUUCUGUUUCAGAGCAGCUCACCUUUAAAAGAAUGUGCUUGAGAGAUGGACAGAUAUUAAUGAGUUGCUGUGGAUUCGUUUUCUGGAGUUUGUACUGAAAUGGUAACACUAUAGGAGCAAAAAUACUCCAGUGCUGAAGCAGGUUGUGGAAUCUCUGUACUUAGAGAGGCUCAGACUUGGCUAAGUAGGGGACUGGGCAUCUCCAGAGAGCCCUUUCUGAGCACAAGGUUCUGUGACAAUCCCCACAAACCACCAUGUUAACAAAGAUAAGAAGUUGUCUUUGUUCGUGUACUAGAUGUAAUACAGUAUUGCUUAUUUUUAGAAGUUUCUGCUCCAGUGGCUCAAUGGAAUGAAAUGUCCACUCUGCCUCUUCUGCCACCUGGGAAACAGAGUUGAGUCAAUGCUUAGGAAGAAAUAUCCCAAUGUGAAACGUUGGAAGUAGGUGAAUUUGUCUCCGCCUUACAUGAUUUUGGCAUGUCAGAUAGCCCUAUGCAACAGUAACACUUCUCGUCUGUAUGCACUGAGGUACGCAGGAAGGUCACUUCUGUUUAUUAGAACUCCUUAUUCUGACUUGAUUCAAGUUACAGUGCUCCAACUAUAAUACUUGGAUUGCAGAGUCACAGUCAGUGAUCUUCCAUGUCACAGGAGUUUUGGUUAAUUUCCUCGCGUUUAGGUCUGUCACAAGGAUCUUGCAUAACUUUUGAAGUGGGUGUGGGCCCCGAGGUUCUUGUGUGCCCAGGUAGCUUUAUGAAAAGAUGGAAGUUGCUAAUUGAGUUCGGAUGCUUUUGAAGCUUUAUCAGAAGUCGCGUGUGCUUGCACAGAGAGAGAGUUUGUACUGAAAGCGUAUUGGGAUGCGGAGUGCUUCGCACACUGCUGCCAACACUAUUUCCUGCUGCAGCAGCGAAUGGUCGCGUACAUCUCUCCUCUAAAAACCCCAAUCCCCUUCAUGCCAGCGUGUCUGUACUGGAGACUUCUCCUUGUGCUGGAAGAGCAGGUGUGGGUGAGGCCAUGCUGCCUCUUGGUGUCGCCCAGUAAGCAUUUCUGGUGGCACAGGUUUAUCUUACAUAGAAAAAAGGAAUGUAAAGAAGUUCUGUUGGUCACACUUGAUAGCAGUGUAAUAAAAUAACUUUUCCUGUCUGUUUUUCUGUUUUAAUACUCUUCUCCUUUAGUAACGUUUGUGUGUGUGUUUGUCCUGAGUGCUUUCUCAACUUCUAAUACAGAACAAUACUUUUUUUUUUUUUACUUUUAUAUUACAUUUGGCAGUGGGCUUCUUGUUGUGCUCUUGCAGUCGUUUCUAAGGAAAACUUUCAGUAGAAGGUAAUUGCACUGAUUGUUCUUAAGUUCCCUUUUUACUGUAAGACUUUUUUUGGCAUCUGCUGUAGCUGUUCACAAAUACUGUAAAUAGUGCUCUGUAUAGCAGAUCCUGAAAUGCUGUGGAUCCCAGUCCUUGCACUUCCAUUGUAGGAAUACUGCCAUAUUUUGCAGUCUUGAGAUACAAGCUUUGGUUUUAAGUGUUGUUAUACUUGGUUUGCAUUAUGGUAUGAGUCCAAGGGCACAGUUGCUUUCUCAUGUGUUUCCUGGCUUCUUUCAGCAUUUGACUCCUGCCUUGUGUUGAGAAGAACCAACCUCUGUUGGCAGAAUUGGUAGAAUAAUAGGGAUUUGGGAUGGAGGUUACUAUGCUGGGAUGCAAAACAGCAAGUUUUGUCCCCAGUGAUUAGUGACUGGGAAGGUGCAUCCCCCCAGGAUGCUUUCAGUCUGAAGGAGAUGAGGUUUGGAGCGUGUGCGUGGUGUGGUACGCAAUCAGUUUCGCGCUUCAGUUGCUUUUUCUAUAUUGUUUUGUUGCCUGAAGUGUUAACAUGAAUGUAAUGGCCUGGCCAAAUCACUACAAAAGGUGUUUUUAUAGAACUCUUAGUUAGCAAGCAGAUGCAGUUAAAGGCUACCUCCUGCGUUCCUCUGCAGAUAAAUUAAUUUGUGAAGUGAACCUACUCCUACAGCAGCCAAAAUGCUCCCAGAUCAGCUGUAUUCUUACUGCUUUGCUCCUUGCUGCUGGUGCCACACUGUGAUCUUGGACGCCGGCUUAGCUCCUUCUGUCUUCCUCGCGCGUAGCCGUGGCACGUGUCCACGUGAAGGUGGUGGUUGAAGUCUCAGAACUAGCAAGGCAAAUCCCAUCCAGCACCUCUGCUUUCGUGCAGUCGCUUCUGCCUUCAUCUCUACCAGCUUUACCUUCUGCCCGUUCUCUUGCUGUGUUUGCAUACUGUCGUUUCCAGAUGAGAAAUGUUUUCCAGCUUUCGCUGUUGGCUGAAAAAUAUCAUCAUGUUUUCAUUGAAAAUGACAUGAAGGUGCUUGGAAUAUAUUUUGAAUCUGAGGUAAAAUAUAUAUAUAUAGGAGUUUUUUUUUUUAACACUUUUUGGAUAAGUUGACGUGAGACUGUAACGUUGAGAAUACUUCAUUCCCUGCUCAGACCACACUUGAUAAAGUCUAAAAUGGAAGAAAAAAAAAAAAGAUUUGGAAUAUGUUUGUAUUGUGACUGUUCUGUGUGUCAGUUUGGUGCAAAGCCUUGGCCGUAACUCAGUCUUUAAGUAAGCGCACGCCAACUGAAGGUGCUUUAAAUAACCUGAAUGGAAACUGUCGAAAACUGUGCUAAUACAUCACUGUGUUUGCAGUGAAUCCAAACAAGCUUCCUCAUUUUAUAAUUAACCACUCUGCUGACAGAAAUGCCACCUGGUUGAGCGCAGCAUGCUGCUGUGCUUUCAUAGCACUCCUCUAGCUUAUGGGCUUGAUGCUGCCAAAAUCAGCAUUUCAGCAAUUAGUUAGCCCGGGAUUACAUGCUACCUGCAACGUCUUCAUCUUUGGCCGUGGAUGUGAAUGAGGCUACUUUCUGGCAGGGAUGGUUGCUGAAGUUCUGGUUUGUGGAAGAAUUCUUGUUGAGCAGCGGUGAGUGACUGAAUAAAUAAGUUAAUCUAAUAAUGGGAUGGGAUGAUACGCUGAAAAUUCUGUUCCAUUUGAUGUUAGAACUUCACAAGGCUCCCUGCAAAAGCAUCAAGAGAAGCGUUUUGCUCUAGGGGAAGUGGCUCCUUUCAAAAAUACUUCACUAUGUCCUGCUGUUAGGAAUCUGCAGGCACUGUUGGCAUUGCUGUGGCCUGGAAGAGGUUUCAGGGUGCUGAACAUACUUCUCUACGAGCACAACCUUAUAAAACAACGAGGAACAUUGUGAGCUUCAUGGGAAGGUCUGCAAACCUGAAGGAGCAUCAGGAAGAGCCCAGGGUGUCUAAUAAUGAGAAACACCAUCUGUGCAAUGCACCUACCCCAUCCUCCAUGGAAAUCCAGCAAGGUGAAACACUGCACACAACCCCUGCCCCAAAGGGGCAGUGUUGGUGGGUAGGUCCCUGAAAGCUGGGCUCUGCUUUCAGCCUUUGGUAUUGCAGAGGGUUUAGGAUUUGGUUGGAGUGAGGACAGGGACGCGUGCUGAAAAUUUGCAGGUGUGAAGGGUUCGUGAGAGCUGGUCUUGGAGUUUCGCACUUGGCAGUGCUAGAAAUGUGAAUGGAUCCACAACGCACAGUGAAGGCUGGCUGCUCCCUUCCUGCUUUCUAAACAGCUUCAAAAGAAUAACUGCUUACAGUUUGUCCCUGUACUGCCUCAACAGAUGCAUCUUAGAACUACCUGUGGCAGCUCGCCAACCAUCCAGCCUACCCAUCGUCCUGAAGAGCCUCCAGCUAGCAUCACAGGGCUGUGCUAAAGGCCAUAUUUGUUUGUAAACUGGGGCUUUGAGUGCACAGAUUGCCUCCCCCAACCUUUUGGAUGUGCUGUACUCAACUGAAAUACCAGCUGCAAUAGCUGCUAUCUCAGCAGCAGUUACAGAUGUGACUUAACCUCAGUAAAUUUAUGAAUUGGCCCUAGAACAUAAAUUUAAACAUUUCGGACUCUGAAACGGGAGAAGAGACAUUUCUGCCCAUUUUGGUUUUGAGUGUGCUUGGCAAACAUGAGCGGUGGGAAGGUCAGCAACCGAGCUCGGGAGUUUCUAAUCCCAUCACUGGUUCAGUUUGUGUUUUCUUGGUUAGAUUUCUCAUCAGAAAAGUGCGUAUGAUGUGGACUUUAUUCUUUCCUUAUCAGCUUUUCCUGUUCCCACAUAUGCAAACAGGAAGCUUCAUUCUUAUCAGGGUAUGUAAAGCUGCGUGGCUGUGCUUGUCAUGCACGCAACUCGAAGCAGAUCUGGUGCGUGCUGUAUGGGCUGUGGGUAGGAUUGAGCCCAUCGUGUAAAUUUCUCAUCUCAUUUACAAGUGACAGGGCUGUUGUUUUAUCUUAAAUGCCAUGUCUCUAAUUGCCUGCCUGACUUGAAUCUUUAAUUGAUCUUAAAUUACCUCUCAGUGUUUAAUUCCCAGAAUGUCUCUAAAUUAAAUGAAGAUUGUUGCAUGUGCCCAUUCUUUAUUACCUAGUUUUUGGCAGCAGAAAUAGUUUGCGUUUUUUGAUGUUAUGGAGGGAAGGCUGAGAGAGUGUAUGAAUUAGCUUAUGGAAGAUGGACUUGAGGAGUAAUUACUGGUAGACCCUGGGAAAGCAGCACAUCUUCUUUUGGGGGAGAAGCAAAAGCGAAACGUGAGGAGUAAGGUUCAGAAUUACAUAUCCACGGGAAGUUAAAUCAUAAAUUAGUUUAAAUCAGAAAGCACAUCUGGCAAAGUUGUGGGCUGUUCUCAAAGGCUGCAGUUUGGUUGGUGUGAUUUGGUGUGAUUCGGCUUGGAAGAUGAUGUGUGUACACGGGUGGGUGCGUGUGUCCACACGUGUUGGUGAAAGCCAAGUGUGACUUUCUGUAUAUAAAAAUACAGAAGCAGAAUUCUGCUGGGAACAGUAAGCACAACUUCACUGGCUGCUGUAGUGCUUUGUGAGGUUGUACAACCACAAAAUCUCAGACUUGAGGGCUGUUCGUAGAUGCAGAUCCGACCCCAUGUUUCUGUGCAGCAAGGUGGUUAACUGCUCAUGGGAGGAUGAGACAGAACAGAAUGUAUUAAAUCCUUCGUCAUUUAAUUUGGUACAUUGGAGAUUUAGUGAACGUCUGCUAAGGUUCAGAUCCUUUCUUUUAAUAUUUAUAUUUUUUUAUUAAGAAAAUGGAAAAAAAAAAAACAAAAAAGGAAUUCAGAAAUUUCACAUUGUACACGCUCCCUUGAAACAAAAAUGUUUCGAUAACCAUUUUAAGGGCCUCAUUUCAAGUGGUACUAAGUGUGUGUUGACUCAGUUGUGUGUUGCACCUGUAUUAGUGUCUUGUGUUUGCAGUGUAUCAAUGCUGUAGAGCUGUUUUGGUAAGACUAGCACUUGUCAUACAAAAAAACCAGGUGUAGGAAUUCCCUCACCUGACUUCUAAGUGCAUCAGAGGCAUUGUAGAGCUUAUUGGGUAGCUGAGGAGUUGCUCUGUGUUGCUCAGAACUGCUGAGGCUCUGUGUAGGUGUGUAGAGUCGAAACGCGUUGUAUGUAUCUUGAUGAUGUAGCGUAAUGUUUGCAUGAUGCUGUGUGGCAGUGCCACUUUAAGCCUUAACACAAGGAUAAGUUUGUCAGAUUAUCUCAGAGUAUGCAAAAAUACUGUUCAAUGAGGGUAGGGUGUUCCUAUAAAGCUGAAUUAGCAAAAAAAAAAAAAAAAGUCUUCUCUGAGAUGGAAAGGGCACCGUGUAGAUCUCUUACUGUGACCGACCUCUGUAGGCAGUGGCUGUCACUGUGGCCCCGCAGGAGCCGGGCUGAUGCGUUGCUCUGGCAGCUUGCCCCAGUUCUCAAUCCCCAGCUUUUUUGUGUUGGACGCCUUGUGCUCCCUCCCCCUGCUAGAAGAUCUCUGCAUGAAGGAGGAUGACGACUUAACGCUUACUUGGGCGUUGGAAGAGCUCUUCUCAAGGUGUGUGCUUGCUUCAGAUAGUGCCAUCGUUCCCCCUUCCCGCGCCUGACGUCUGAUCCUUAAACCAUUUGAACCGGGGGCACACCAAGUAGCGGGGACCCAGCUUUCUCUAUCCAUUUGGAUCUACCUCAUUUAAACAGUUGGGUGCUAUUUACUCAAAUUAUCGGUGAGAUUGGCAAAGCGACCAAACCGCGCGUGACGGCCGCGCUCGCCGGAGGCGGCGCUCCGCAACCCAAACCCGUUGGGUUUCUUCUUCGCAGACAGCAGUGUUGUAUUUGAGUUGUGUCCUUCGUGCCUUUGUGUUUGGUUUUUUUUUCCCAGUGCAUAACAAUCAUAAGUCGUCGUCCUCGAUUAAAAACGGCGAAUGAAUUUUAACCACAACGUUGAAAUGAAAAAAAAGAAAAAGCAGCAAGGUAGUUUUAGCAAACUGUAAAAUAUUUUGCAGUGUAUCUGAUCAAAGGGUACAGUAGCACAGCAGAACUAGGCAAAGAGGAAUACCCCACAAGAACUUCUUUUGAGAUAUAUAUAUAAUCCCUACCCUAGAGAUACACCUCCCUGUGUCCAUCCCUAUGCAUACAUGGCGCAGCUGCGUGCACGUAUACAUGAAAUGGAAGGGUACGUGGGCAAGGGAAUCCAGCGUCAUCAACUUUUCCACAGUUUUGUAUUUAACAGUUUACAACUCUGUGUAAGUUUUUCUACUAUGUAAACCUUUUUUACUUAACUAAAUAAUUCCUUUUUGGAAAAUUUAAGUUGUGAUAUAUGCUAUCUUUUUUUGAAGUUGGGGGAAAAAAAAUCAACUUUUUACCAAUACCUGAUACGGGGGAGGGGGGGAAAUCUCUUCUGUACAAUUGUAUUUAGUUUAAAUAGUACAGAAAAAUUAUGUAUGGGAUUGUAAAAGUGCUGACAUUCCGUGGUGGCAGGACUUCCAAGUGUUUCCUAAGGCUUUCUGCUGCAGAGAGACUCGAACAAAAGGAAAAUGCCUCUGUUAAAUGUUUUUAUAAAACUGCUCCAUCAGGUCUAUUCUUAAGCUAUAUUUUCUAAAGCCUAAUCAUCCUUUAAUAUGCUGCAUAUAAAUUAUCAGCAUGGUUGCACUUUCUCAGUAAUAAUGUAUGCCCUACAAUUGGCUCGUGAUAAGGAUUUUAGUUUUUUAACAAAACAGAUAGUACUUUGGGCAGAAGGUAAUAUUUAUAUAGGUACCUCAAGAAAAAAAAAAAAAGAGCCUGAAUAUGCUGCAUUUUGUUCCUUUAACAUUUUUCAUGUAGCAUUUGUUUGCUUUUGUUUUUGUAGUAGACGACCAGCUACCUGUUUGCUUCGGGGAACCCCAGUAGCGUUCUGGUUUCUGUUCGCUUGUAGGAUGUAGCGUCCUGCCUUGGUUUCAUGCAGUAGCUCGGGACAGGGUCUGCCCUGCAUUGCGUAUGCAACGGGGAGGGGGGACCACGAGGACAUUUGCUUUACGUAGGUUUCGGGAAAAGGAUACUAUAUUCCUGGCACAGACAAUAGAUGUUCUGAAUGGUGAGUCUGUUGUGCACCACUUUCUUGACUCUUUUUCUCAAAAACGAACGCGCAGAGGUGUCAGCUUAUUAACAAGGGAAGCCCAGCAGACCGAGCCCGCCCUGCCGCUCGAUGCUCUGAGGCGGCUCGGCCGCGCUUCCCAACUUCUGGCUUUGGGGAGGGCUGCUCCCCGUGCUCUGCCCUGCUCCCCGAGCUCAGGGGCGGGUGCAUCUUCUGCUUCUUUGUUUCUGAGUCAGUGAAAGCCUAAAAAGGCGCGGAGGUGGGGAGUUUUUGUUGAGAAGUGUUGAAGGAAGCUUCCAAGGCUGUGAAGUUGAGCAUUUAUUGUCGUGUUCUUAAGCUUAGGCGGGUCCUUUUCCAAGUUUGUUUUACAGCUUGCAAGGUUAAAUAGUUUGCACUACUUUUGCAAUAAACUCAUGAAAAACCUAACAGUUUCUGUUUUGGUUUCUUACUGUAUAUAUACAACUAAUACUAAAGAUUUAGCAUAGUGUUUCUCACCUCAAAACAUUAAGACUCGUAACAAGCUCAGAAUGCUGUAAUUCCUGACAAAAUAAUGAUGUGAAUGAUAUUUUAUAAAGUUAUUUUCUAUGGUGUCAAUUUUGUUUUGCCUCAUAGUAUGUCAAUUAAAUAAAAUUCCUCAUCUUUA